UGUUCAUGUACAAAUCGAAGCUGUCUCCGAGCACUGUGGGCGCCUUGCACUUGGCGCCCGCUGUCGUCAAAUUCACCCGAACGCGACGCGACGCGAUCACGUGGCCUCAUUUUGCCGACAUUGCGCGGGAAUUAGGGUCGCCCUGCGACCUCAGUUUCUCUGUACAUCGCUCGCAUGUUCCGUGUUCAUCAUGGGUCCUAUCUGUGGCAUGAAUCAUGCAAUCAAUCGACCGUCCAUUCUUCAACAGCCAAUACGCAUUCUCCAGGAUUGAUCCAGAUUGCCAAACUCGGCAGGGAAAGUCCGAAGCCCGCUUACGCUGAACUCAAAUGCCACGCUCAUGCGCGGAACAAGCGCAAACUGAUGAACACGCCGAUAACACCCAACUUCACGCACGCCGCAUCCGCAAGGCGCUCGACUAUACUAACCUACCCUCCCGAACGCGCCUGCCACAUCGAUGCCGCCUCCUCCUUCCCUGCCACCUAUAUAGCAUAUCAUCAUGAUCGCGUCUCGGCCGCAACACAUAUUCAUAGAGCCGCAGUACAAGACGUGGCCCGCCAACGCGGCCAAGCCGGGGCAUACCGUCGACCCUGGCGGGCGGCCGUGGGUGCCCUCGCCUGGCGCGCACCUAUUUCCGCUGCCGCCCGUGCGCAAGUCGAGGCGGCCUGUCAUACCCAAACUGCCCUCUGCCAUGAACGAGAAGACGUCUGCGGGCGCAAAGAAGAAAGGGAAGGGAAGAGAAGGCGACCAAGAUGCACUUGACGAAGCCGAUCCGUUCGACCGGCCGUCGUCUGGAUCGUGGCGGCUCUCAUUGAUCAUUCCUCGGUGGCCUAGGCGGGGUGCGUCAGCCUUGAAGAAACGACGAUGAGAUCCGGAAGGAGGCAGAGCACUGGCCAGCGCUGAA